CUCUCAUUCACAAAAUGGACUCGUCGCUAGACACCACGCUGAACCGAUCAUGGGUACAUGUCGCCUAUGAUGAUGAAAGCCUGCUCGAAACAGAUGCAGGGCCCAACAGAGAGCCCACACCAUCGAUCUCACCGCUCGCAUAUGCUCCGGUCAACAAGCCCCUCCCAUCUCUUCCGAGCGAAACUCGCCAAGAUGCUGCAAUCGGUGCUUCGGACAGAGCACCAAUCACCUCAGACAGUGUCGAUGGCUUUGACGCCUCUGCGAUCUUGCCAGUAAUGGUGUCCGGAAUCGAAGAUACACCGCUACCGAUGCACGAGCUCCCCACUUUCAUUCGUCCUUCAUCGACUACCAGUCUUAUGACUCCCAGUGGCCCCAUCACUCCUCCACGCCGCACACAUAUUACCCAUGAUGCAAACAGCACUCCUGACACAGCUCCGCGCCUCAUCGUCGACUUCACGUCCACUCCGCUAGGCGCCAGCAUCAAGCGCGAGCUUGACGCUCGAGGCUUAGGCCAAAAUACGGCUGACAAUGAUAUACAGAGAAGGUCGGCCGCCCUUCGCCCGUAUUUGCUCGGACGGGCUGGGGCUCAAAUCCGCCCAGCAUCUCUCUCGGGGGCCCCACGAAGAUUCAAGCCUAUCGUACGAUAUAUCAGGAAUGUUAGGGUCAUGUCCUCUCCUGCAAUUCUCGGAACGAUCGAGGGACAAGGGGAUCAGAAUCGAUCGGCAAAUAUUGGAACUGAGUACACAUCGCAAGCCACCCAUGGAGACUCCGACAUUGCCGAAGAACACAGAAACACCACUGAAAGCCGCAUCGCGCCUCGAAACGGCUUAUUGGCCCCCUCUGCUCCAUCCUCGGAAGAUGCCACCUCACAUUCUGUCAUCGGUGGAGAGCUCACAGUUGAACGACCGUCCACGCCCGAGGUCGGACCAUCCAUCGUCAUCACAUAUCCCACUCCUGGUCCUGAACCCGAAUGCGAUGUUGAGCUCGCUGUAGAACCUAGGCCAGCUCACAACCGCCGGAGACGACGAGUGACCCCCAACUGGUUGGUCGACACUGAGCUUUCAGGAGCGGCCCGCAAUCCCCUUGGCUGAAUCAUCCUGGCCGAGAUGGACAUCUCGCCUCGUCAAUGUGCAUAUCGCCCACAUACCAAGCUGUGCAAAAUCUGCGGCACUCUGUUGAAUCUCUCCGCCAUACAUGUGGAUUAUUCUUCACUCGGUCAUUGACAUACGCCGAUCCCCUCGUUAAGACCACGAGACAGAAAUGCGGACGUUUCACGUUUGACCGUGGACCGUAGCGUGGGGAGGCGGGUCCGGCUGUACGGUACAUAGAGCUUCUUACGUUUGAUCUUAUCGACUGAGCAGCCUUUGCAAUAUCGCUGGAUCGACUCGCAAAGUACUGGAAUUAGAUAACAUCGCUUUUGAAUGCAU